GGGCAAUCAAGGCUUCGGAAGACUGUAGCCAAGAUGGUUCAGGUUGAUCACAUUUGGCAUUUAGCUACCUCUGUACCAGCCUAUCGGAAGCAAGAAGCGCUCGGGGACGCGCAUGCUGAGAGGCUGGAGUAUGAGGCGUGGGGCUCAGUUUCGACCCCGAGUCAAGCCUUCUCGAAGGGCAGAAAUGCGGUUGAACGCCGCGAUCGAACCGUACUUGGCUGACUCGCCCGGUGGUCGCCUGGUGUUGGCUAACGUUUUCACCGUAUCCUUAGUACAUUUGAAUUUCGAUACACGCAACCAGGCUCUCCGAAGGACCCUUCCAAUCUCA